GAAAUAACUUGUUAGUUUUCCUAGUUCGUAGUCUGAGUCAUUCUAGGAUUACAUUAAGAACUAAUCUAUAAAUACAAGCUCAAGAGAACAAGUUUUAGUCAUCCGAAUCACUACAAGCAAAGUUUCUUUUUAUUAGAAUUCUAGUUUCAGUCAUUCUGAUUCACGACUUCUUCUUUUCUUGUUUUCAAUCACAGUUCCAAUUUUUCAUCUUUCUUGUUUGUUUGUUUUUGCUGAGAAUGGAGCCAAUAUACAGACCUUUGCCUAUAGGAUUCAAGUUUCGUCCAACAAGGUUUGAGAUGGCAAAUAAUUUUUUGAAGAAAAAAGCUUUAGGACAGGCAAUAAUAGCUCGUAGGGUACCUGAAGAGUGUCAUGAUAUCUUCUCAAGACAUCCUCGUGAUUUGCCUGGUUAUCCAAGAGAAGAGCAUUGGUAUUAUUUUUGCAGGAAACGUAACAACCAAGUUACUUGUAACCUAUGGACACCAAUAGGAGAAGAAACCAAUGUGUUAUAUCCAAAGAAUCGGCAACUAGUAGUUGCUACGAGACGUCGAUUUACUCUCGUGGAGAAAGAUGAAGAAGAAGAAUAUGAUUGGUUCCUGGAUGAAAUCAGCCUCCGACAAACAGUUUCAUUUUCUGAUUGGGUUUUCUGCCAUAUCAAGGGCAAGAAGAUUAAACCCGAAUUUGAUUAUUUGCCAAUAAACGAAUCUGAGUCCGAAUCUGAAUCGGAAGACGAAGAAAGUGUUGAUAACAACCCUGCAGAGAUUUUGGAUCUUCUUAGAGAGCAAGACGAAAAUGUUCUUCCUCCACCUCCUCCUUCACCUUAAUUACAUUCUGUCU